UGAGAUAUUGAGAUGGAGGGGCCCGAGGCUACGGGAGAGGGGAGCUUUGACCUAUCAGCCAAUAAGACGUUGCGCCUGAGACAGGACACACUGUCACGUGUAUCCUCACCACCAACCUCAGACGCCUUCUACACAGUAUUAGUCUUCCGUCUUCAACCUCACACCAACAAACACUGUGACCUUGCGAUAUUCGACAGGUCAGACUUUCCUCAGCGCCUCAUUCAGGCCGCUGGGCCGGGGAGGCCAACCAGAACCGGCCCUGUCCCGCGGACGCAGACCCUUCAUGUCGGCAUCCAUUGCCUAGAGCAAGCCGCAUUUCUUUGUUCUUUGCCUUAGCAAGCACACGCUUUCAUUUCGUCAAAGAUUUACGCCAACGCCAUAUGGCUAACUCCUUUGUGUUGAAAUCUCUGAAGUCGGAGCAUGUUGGGGCAAAUUAGCAGCGCAUAUGUCAUCCUUUCAUUAAGAUCGGACGCCAUUUUAUUCCAAUAAUAAACAUUUAUCAUCCUGCCAUGGGAGUAAGGGCUACUCCUUGUUCCUGACAAUACUUCACUCUCCCAUCCUCCAGAACCAGCAGUGUCAAACUCCUUGUUUGUGUCUCAUCCUUAUCUGCCUACUCAUAACUUCUCCAAUAUCUACGUGAAACUCCUUCUUCGUUAUAUCAAAUAUGACCACAGUCGCCUCCGAAGCCAGAACUCGACCACCCAUAGAACCCAUCCAAACUUCAGGCCCUGGUCUCAAUGUCCGGUCUUUAAGAUCCCGUACCAUCCAGAAGAGCUCGUCAUGGACCCCUUCACCCCUAUCACCACACAGCCGACCUCUUCCACAACUUAGAGAGCCCAAAGAUGAUGAUACGAAGCAUGACGAUGACACAAAAGUUGAUCAAUUUGAACCCCGAAAGCGUGAUCUUCCCAAGCUUGAGUCCGGUCUACGCAAUGUCUCCUUGAGACCGGUUGCACCACUUUCUCUCCAUAGCCCAGGCUCCAGCACUUUGCCAUCCCGGCCCUCUCCCCUUUCUGCACCACUCUUGGCUCCUCCCGUAUUCCAAAGACCUACUCUGGCAGAUGAAACAAGAAGCAUACUGCUUCAGGAGUCAGAUGCAGAGCGGGGUGAUGAAUCCCCUCAUGUCGACUAUGGGCGCCGACAAUCUGCCCCUGGGGGUCCUUUUCACACCAGAGCCAUGCAUCUUGCUCGACAAAGAGAGCAUCAUCGUCGUCGAUGGAUCGCAGCUUCACACAGAGCUCGUGAGCCUGAGAUAUUGGUGCUACCUGUUGAGCUUCGUCGCUUGUCUCAGUUAUCUUCGAGUGAUGUAGAAGCGUCUUCGCCCUAUCCUUCCGAGAGACGUUUGACUACCCGUGUGGCUGUUCAUUCGCGUGGUCGGAAGUCAAUUAUACUCUCCAGAACCUUCGACUUGGACGAGUUACGAGCUACACAUCCAGUUAUGAGCCCCGUUAAACGACAUCAGGAGAAUAGGCGUGCAUCAGUUGUCACUCUUCAACCUCCUUCUGUCAGCUCCCGAGCAUCAUCCCCUGGAGUCUCUCAUGAGAGGCGUCAUUCCCACGGUGUUCUUCCUAGAGUAGAUGCAAAGCCCUCGCCGGCUUUUGAGCGCAGAGGCUCCCGCCAAGGUUGCGGUUCUGUCCCCAUACGCCUCAGCUAUGCUCGAACAUACCUUCCCAUUCUGGCUGCGGUCAUUCUUUCAGAGCACGUUCGUCCUGGAGACACGGUUGAGCUCCCCCUCCCACAUCCUCAUGCCUGGGGGGACACUGUUGCCCAUGUUUAUACAGGACGAGUCAUGCUUACCGAACCCAUGAAGCAGAACAUCCUGUAUCUUGGGGGCUCAGUCUAAAGCAAGAAGAGAACAAAUCAGGGGCAUUGGUAAGUGAGAAGUUUUGAGCUUCUUGGACAUCAAAUCUUGAUGUGUAGCUGAACUAUGGGAGGAAACUUUUGAAUAUCUCUUGUAAUUUUGGGUGUCGUCAGCGAGUCAAUGUAACAUUUCCAUUCUUUAACACUCGAUUCCUUUCUGCAACAACCACUGAAGUUAAUGGGAGCCGGUCACUUCAAUACAGAGACUAUGAGAUUGAUCGUCUCGGGCUGUAUAGAUGGUGACAGCCCUUUAGUUUCGAGUUGGAUACGUCUUCCGUCGGGCAAUGCUAGCCUUCUGGCAUAGGCCAUAGCCCGUAUACGAUGACUUCAAGCAGCCAUUGCUCCUAGGUGUUUUGCUCUGUAGCCUUUCCAGGCUGGACACUUACAUCGAGAUAUGCGCAUUCGAGCAUCGCGUCGUUCGUGUAAGAGAGACUAUGAACUAAACACCAUAAGAGUUCUGACUCUAUCGACGAAAAAUCUCAGAGGGAUGUCAUGUAAAGGGAACGUUUGAGGCGUUGCAGAAACUAGACUUUUUUUUUCUUUUAAUCAUCUAUCGUAAACAAGAAACGUCCCUGUGAGCCGCAGACUCAGGCAGUCACCAUGCUGGAUGGCGAAGUCAUAAGAAAAUAUAUAGUCUUUAAACGGAAGGAUGCAAAGGAGAC